AUGGAACACCGAAAAAGCUCCAUUUAUUAUCCACAGUCUAAUGGUAUCAUAGAAAGAGUUCAUCGAACUAUGAAAGAAAGCAUAGCUUCUUUAUCCAAUAAGGUAAUCGAAUGGUCAGAUAGAUUAGCUUUUUUCAAACUAUAUUGCAACAAUUCUAAACACAUAGUGACAGGUUUUACUCCUGUACAGUUAUUUUUUGGGCGAGAAAUCAAUACACCUCUAGAUACAAAUAAUGAACCGGCAACGGUAGAUAAUCCUUCACAAUACUUGUUACGUCAGAGAGAUCACAUUAAAGCAACUAGAGAAUUAGUGAAACAAAACGAAGAAAAAUAUUUUUCAGUCUCAAAUAAAGUUGUUAAAGGCAGAGAACCUACCAAAAUUUAA